CUUACUAGCUAUCGAUAAGUCUCUUUAACGAACUGCAUCACCCAGAUCUCAAAUGGGUUGGAUGACAGCUUCACCUCUGCAAAGCUCUAGUCUUUGCCAUUGCGGGCUUAUUUUCUGGGCUUCAAGACUCUUUUUGUCAUUCCUACUUUAAUGUAUAAACCAAAUUGAUAUGGCAUCUUUUGUUUUCGAAAUUGUACGCUUUUGGUCCUUUUACUUUGUAAUCGAUAAUUUUCGCAGUAACUUAGUGAUCAAGCAAAGGUAAUUAAGAAACUCUUUCAGUCACAGUUAUUUUCAACAAAAAUGGAUCAAAAAGAAAAGGAAGGACAUCAAAAAACUGUCGAACCAGCAAAAGUUGCUUGUUUGAGCUCUUCUACAAGUUCUGAGAACUGCUUACCUAAAUACAGCGAAAUCCCGUAUUCUCAUGUUGACAAUAUGGAGAAAGGCUGUAUAUGUUUACAGUCCGAUCCAGAUCCAGCACCAUCAUACUCAAGAAGACGACAUCAAGAAGCUUCUAGUCGCAUGGCGCAAGGAAAUGGUUCCUCGAAUUCUUUACGGGUCUGUAAGGAAAUACUGUGGUUAAUUUUUUGGCCGGCAAAAAUCGCAAGAAUCCCGGAAGCACAGCGGAGACAAGAGAAUGAAGCUCUUCGGCUUGGUUGGUGCCUUAAUGGUUCAAUUAUAUUGAACUUUAUCUUUUCUUACAAAUACCUUGUCCCCUUUAUAAAGGAAUCAAUGAAAGAAUCUGUAUGGUUAUGGUUUCAAAUUACAGUAGCAGUUGUUCUUGUCAUCGCGACUUUCUACAUGUUCUUAUUUUUUUGUUCAUUGUUGGUGGAUUUUAUCGUUACACUGAUUCCUCUAGUCCUUUCUGGAACCACUAUGCUUGUUUCUGGAAUAUCUUCAUUUCUUUCUUCGCUUUUUUUUGGAAUUAGUGCGCUUUUUUCUGGAAUAUCUUCAUUUCUUUCUUCGCUUUUUUCUGUAAUUAUUAGUGCUCUAGGCUUCAGAAUGCCCAUGUCGUCAGAGCCUGAAUGUCAAUUUAAUAAUAGUAGUGAUAAUACUUUCGAGCAACCGUCUACUGAACAUUCUGAGCAAUCUCCAGGGUUACGCCGGGGACCUGGUCAGUCUAGGGAUGUGGAAAGUAGUAGGAGUUGA